AUGGAAGUCAGGCACACCCAGCUAAUAGAGAAAUCUGAAGGAAAACACAGCGCAGAUCUCAAAGAAAUAAGCAAAUCAGUGCAGAAGACUCUGGAGAUUAUCUCUCUAUUGAGUGAAACUGUGAGCAACACGAUGGAAAUAUAUGCCUCUGACAGUCAACUUCAUCUCAAAGAGAUCAACAAAGUCAAAGAGCAAAUAGAGAGUGUCACAAUUAGUCUCCAAAAACAGAUGUCCCUUCUCCAAAUGGACAUCAGAUCAGCCCUAGCAGUAGCUUCUGCAAAUCAGGUAGUGACCAAAGACUACUUGAAGGUGAUUAUUGACAAUCAAAAGGAAGCAUACAAGCUGUUCAGACUUAUUGGUGCAAACUCUGGAAACUGCAAGAUGGAAGUAAUUCUCCAACAACACAGUCCAUCUCCAAUACCACAGCUCCCUAUUGCAAUCAAAGAAGGAGAAGUAUCUUAUAUUCCUUCUCAUCUGAACUUGACAAAUCUAAUCCUUGAAGCACAGCAAAGAAAUCCAGAAAACUCAGCACAACUUCUAUCCAGCUCAGGACUGGAUGGAACAGAAGUUAUAGGUACAGUUGUUGACCACUUCUCAAAUGAUGCUCAGUCAGAAGAAAGACGUGAAAAUUUAAGACGCAUCAAAGAACUGUGUGGGAACAUGAAGGGCAUCAGUGAAGUUGCCGGAUCUUCAAAGCGCAAGAGAAACUGAAGGUUCUUUACAUCAAAACAGGGGGAAA